AUGAAUCCUAUAGUUCACCCAGCAGAGGCUGUUCCAUUACAGGGAAGGUAUGAUGGGCAGUUUGGGCAGUUUGGACAGCUUGGACAGCUUGGACAGCCUGGAGGACCUACAUUGGUUCAGUACACCACUGUGAACAUGACCACUGAGUCCCCCAAGGACCACAUCAUCUGGUCCCUCUGCUGCUUUUUGUACUUAAACCCCUUCUGCCUCGGACUGGCGGCUCUCAUCUUUUCUAUCAAGGCCAGGGACCGGAAGGUGGUUGGAGAUCUGGAUGGUGCCCAAUACUAUGGCUCAACUGCCCGCUGUCUCAACAUCUGGGCCACAAUCCUGGGUGCCAUCAUAAUGCUUAUUUCCAUUAUUACAAUGACUGUCAUUGCC